CCACAAAAACACGCUUUCUAGCCCAGUUCGAGACUUUUCGCUCGUUUAGUGACCGUAUCUCGUGUCGCAUCCUGUCACUCCCUGCUCGGACGCUCCCGAAAAGGACCAGACUGUUCUGUCGGUCGCGUCUGGUGUGCUUUCGUCAGAUCGCGCUUGCCUUCGUCGUUUUUGGGUACGACAGGUCCAACAGCGCAGGAGCCACUACGUCAACGUUCCGUCUCAUCAUUUUUGUCAACCCUUCAAUGUUUUCUCGUUCUCUCUGCAGAGCCUGCACAUCUCUCAAGACGAGUGCACCAUCAUCACGGCUGCCACAAUCUAGUUCGCUCAACACGCGUCUGAGCCGUGCCUACUCGGCUGUCACAGCUCCACCGCGAGAGGAGCACUUCGACGUUCCAUGUCGGUCAAAUGGCUCCAUCAGACUUGACGUCUAUCAUGCUCUCGACGCAUCAUCACCUGUGCUCAUCUAUCUGCCCCCCGGGCCUGUAGUCCCCGCAAAUGCUGAGGCAGAAGAAGGUAUCAUUGCCGCGCUGCGUGCGUCGAGCGCAGCGACCAUCGUGCGCAUCAACUACCGUGCAUCUUCACAGCAUCAGUUCCCAACACCAUAUCAUGACGUGCUCUACGGUUACGACUGGAUUCAAGAGAACAUGCUCAUCGAUGGCGCCCAACAGCCCUAUGCGGCACGUUUGGGCAUCUGUGGAGAGCUGAUGGGGGGCUCCAUCGCCACUAUGCUUGCUUUGACAGAGUGUCGAGUCGGCGAGAGCCGUAUCACUGCUGCUGCCGUGAACAACCCGAUUGUGGAUUGGGUCUUCCCUGACGACCUGCCCAAUGUCAGUGCAUCAGAGUUACCAGAGCCGUCCGGCGCCGAAGAAACUGCAUUCCCAGCAGACGAAGACUUGAUGGCUUCAUUUAAAGCGCUCAAAGUGGGAGAGCUGCCCAAAACGAAAGCCAAGCGUAAACGCAAGCCAAAAGCAGUGCCUCUGACCUCGUGGCAAGCUUGGGCAGACAGCUCCCUCAUUCCUACUCUCCCUCUCUCUGAGAUGCGCAACGUGCUUUUUCGUCGACAGGAGGAUAUGUUUGAUCGAUUCACCUCCCCAGCCCACUUCUUCCGCUCGCCACAUGCACAGCUCGUUCUACCACAAGCCGUAGACUCAGCCCUUGACCAGCCCGAUUACGCACUCGACAUUGAAACUCAGAUGAGCCUGAACCAUUUCAACUCGUUCAACCGAGAAUCCCCGGAGCCGUUGGGACACCCUGAAUUGACAAGGUGUCGAUCAUAUGCCCGUGUCUACCCCCAAGCAGGUGCCGGCAAGGUCAGCCUACCGGCCUGGAACAUCACUACUGGAGCGCAGAGUCCACUUCACGACCAAGCCGCAGAAUUGUCGAAGCUUCUCAGGCGAAGCAUUGCCCGCCAUGCUGUGAAGUCUCAGACUGGCCGCACAAAAGCGCACGAUCCUACUGAGAAGCAGUACUAUGAGGAGUACGCGGAAGAAAGAGUCCAAUUCGACUCGUUCGCAGACGCGGGGCUUUGGUCAGAGCAACAACUUAGUGCAGAAGGCUCAAAGCACAUCGAAAGUAUCGGAAGCUGGAUGAAACACAACAUGUCUCCAGAAAACGCAUAGGUAUUUGCAUGCAGACUACCAUUCACACCCUUCUCAAAUGCAAGCCUGGAGGCGAUGUGCUGCAAUACACGACCAGGUUCUCUCAACCACAAAACGGUGUCGUCAAAAAGAGCGACUCCAGUACGAUCAACGACAAAGCACGCAAGACACAUAGAGACGACGUCAUUGUCAUCAUGAUUCAACUCUGUUAAACAAAUCGCUUGUCGUUCGCGCUUUACUAUCAGCACGGGGUUUGAAAGCCAACACCAUCAAGGGACAGCAAAUCGCCAGAUGAAAGAGGCAAUGCGUCCAAAGCUAUGCUUGCGUAUCGAGCAAUACACCUCGGCGUCGACCGCCUUGCUCGCUC